AAGAGAAAGAGCGAGAGAAAAAAACAACCAUCAAGCUAACGAAAUUGUAUAUUUUUAUAUACGUGUAUUAGUUUAGUGUAUCCAUAAUCAUAAUGUCGAGGAUCUAUUCAGCAGCUUUGGCAUGGCUGUGGCUGCUAGGCAUCAGUCUAGUAGCUGGCAGAUCAGAACCGGGCAUCGUAAACAUUGUAAUAGAUCAAGACCUGCAACCUAGUUUUGAGUCUAGGCCGCUAUUAGCAGGCACCAAAAUCUACAUUAAGAUUGAGUGCAUGUCUGAUGCAGAAAUACCGCUAACUAUCAACUUUAAGCUGACAAAAUAUCAAUGCCUCUAUGAGGGACGUUUUCUUCAAUAUCUGAAUGACAAUCCAAGUUUGCAGCAAAAUGCUAGUAUUAGCCAAAAUAUCCAAUUGACAACUAUGAGCGCCAAGUGCACACAUUUAAUUGUUCUGCGUGAAAGCAGUGAAAGGGCAAAUGCUGGGCCCCCGGAGCUAGUGCAUCCCAUGAAGCAAGACAAACAUCCACUUUCGUCUUUGGGUUUGCAGGCAACAACCAAGCCCAUUGCUAAUAUCGCUGAGGAUGGAAUCUAUAAAAUAGACCUGAGCAUUCAGUCCGCGCAGCCUGAACAGAAAUUUCGAGCUUCGGUGAGCAUAGAAUACUUGGGACCGCAUGGUUAUAUCUCGGCCAGGGAUUGGCCUUUACUGCCGUUCUAUUUGUCCAUGUGCUUUGUGUAUGUGGUUUUUGGCAUCAUUUGGCUAAUCGUCUCAUUUGCACAAUGGCGCGACUUACUGCGCAUACAGUUUUGGAUUGGCGGCGUCAUAUUGUUGGGUAUGUUAGAGAAGGCCUUUUUCUAUGCCGAAUAUCAGACGGCAAACACCACGGGUCAUCCGGUGCAACAUGCCGAACUGGUAGCUGAAUUUGUUUCCUGUGCAAAACGUACACUAGCUCGCAUGCUGGUCAUAAUAAUGAGCUUAGGAUUUGGUAUUGUUAAGCCACGACUGGGACCAAUGCUGCAUCGCGUUGUGGGCGUUGGCGCAAUCUAUUUCAUACUAGCCUGCGUUGAGGCCUACAUGCGCAUCACCAAGGAUAUAACUGAGCGCAGUGAUCUAUGGGUGGCCGCCAUACCGCUAGGUGUACUUGAUACAUCCAUUAUUUGGUGGAUUUUCAACUCGCUAGUGCAGACGACUCGUACAUUACGCUUACGCAGAAAUAUGGUGAAAUUGACGCUGUACAAACACUUUACCAAGACACUAAUAUUUGCUGUUAUUGCUUCGGUUAUCUUCAUGCUAUUCGCCCUUCGUUUGCAUAAUACUCAAAAUUGCACUCCAGGUUGGCAUGACAGUUGGCUUAACACAGCCUUUUGGCAUAUGCUCUUCUCAUUGCUGCUGCUGGUCAUCAUGAUACUCUGGCGGCCAACAAAUAACAAUCAGCGUUAUGCUUUCACGCCUCUACUAGAUAAUCCAGAAGACGAAGAUGAAGAGGAUGAAGAAGACCAGUUUGUGGCUGAUGCCUAUGGCGUUAAAAUGCGCAGCACACAAUCAAAUGGUACAGCAAAAACGCCAUCCAAUUCACGUGCAGCGACUACCACAGAGGAAGAUGAUUUACGCUGGGUUGAGGAGCAUAUACCGUCUGCAAUGGGUGAUUCUACGCUUCCAGUGCUUGACUCGGACGAAGAGAUCAUUAAUACAAAGUUUGAAGUUUCAAAAAUGCAAUAAGCCCACUGCCGCUUGUUUUGGUUGCUGUGUACCUAAGAGACUUUUUGCAUAUUUCUUGCACAUCUAUAAUCAUAGUAUAUAUUUAAAACGCACCAACACCAUAUAUGAUUAAUUGCUGAACAUUUGAAAAGUCUUCGCAGAGGAGUUGAGCCUCCAUUGUUGCUGCCGACGCUUUUUAUUUGGUUCGCUUGUUCAAGACCACGACUACGAUAUCGAUAUCGCUGCGCAUCAGGGCAAACGCACACUUUCCGAUCUGCCCGUGUAAAAUACUGUAUCUAAUCGUUACUUAUCUUAUUUUAAAGUCACGAAAAUAAAUCUAACUUAUUCAUAAUCAGUAGCUUAGCUUAAGUUGUAGAUAUUUUCAAAGUCACAUAUGGGUAAGCACAGAAGAUUGUUAUAACAAAAACGACACGCCCAUAUGAUCAACCAGUAUAUACAUCAAUGCGCUCCAGUUUAAUCGUCGUAUUUUGUACAAAUUCACAAUCAUAUUUUCAUAAUAUAUGUAUGUA